AUGGGCGCUGAAAAGACGAAAUAUCUGGACCGUCCAAUUCCGACCAUCUCACUCGCUAAUUAUGAAUCACGCAUUGAUGAGAUCACCUCCGAACUGGUUUCCGCUGCCGAGAACGUCGGGUUCUUUUCUGUCAUCGACCACGGCAUCACUCCCGAGGAGAUCGACGAGAUAUUCGCUCAAUCAGCACGUUUCUUUUCUCUUCCAGAUGACACCAAGGCGAAAAUCCCCUUCUCCUCUGCAAACAACGCGGGAUGGGAGAAGAAUGCGCAAGUCCGGCCUUCCACGGGUGCUGCGGACAGAAAGGAGUCGUACCAGAUGCAGUUUGGCAGAAAUAUGGAGGGCAAGUGGCUCGAUGACUCUGCUUUGCCGGGUUUCAAAGACUCUGCCCUGAAAUUCAUGUGGAAGGCCCAAGGGGUUUCCGAGAAAUUGAUGACUUGUUUCGCCAGGGGACUGGGGUUCGAGGAUGAUUACUUUAUCAAGGCUCACGACGUAAGAAGGCCAGAGAGUCAGACAGUGGCGAGGCUCUUGCACUACUUUGAAACCCCUAGGGAAAACGCAAACGGAGAGAUCUUCCAUCGUGCGGGGGCACAUACUGAUUGGGAUCUAUUGACGCUUUUGUUCCAGAAAGAGGGGCAGAGCGGCCUCGAGAUUUGUCCUGGCCGGGAAGCGUCCACUUCCUUCGCCCACGGAGACACCUGGACGAAAGUGGCUCCCUCUCAAGAUGCCAUCAUCUGCAAUAUCGGCGACCUCCUCAUGUCCUGGUCCGACGACCGGUUUAAAUCGACCUUCCAUCGCGUCAAGGCACCCAGCGAGCCCGACGAUUUCUACGGCGAACGGUACAGCAUUGCGUUCUUCAAUCAACCGUGCAGAGACGCCAUAAUCCAAGGUCCGCUCAAGAAAUAUCCCAUGCUGACGGGCGAGGAGUUCACGCGCAACGCAAUGCGAAGAAAUUUCGAGGCGCUGGAGAAGAAGAGACUUGAAAAGGAGAGGCUGGAGAAGGAGAUGGAAGAGGCCAGGAAGCUGGUGGAGCGGGAGGGGGUUAGGGGUGCGAGUAUUGAAAGUGGCGGUAAGGUCGUUGCUGAGGUUGGUGCGUGA